CAAUAAUAAUAAUAAUCCAAAUUGAUUUUGGCGCAGAAUUUUUUUUUCUGUGUAUACGCCAGAAUCAACAUUGGAAAUACUGUGGGUUGCUAAAACAGUCAGGUUCAUUGAGCUUGGACGUGUUCUUUUGUUGGUCUCGAAAACUUUAAUUCGUGAUCGUGAUCGAUUUUCGAACCUUUUUUUUGAAGUAUUGGAGAAUUUAACUAUUCGACGGCCAUCUUUUUUCCUAUGGUCAUUUUGGCUUUGGGACGCGAUUGAUCGGUUUAUUCCUCGAGCACUAUCUGGGGAAAGAGUUAAAAAAGGGAAAAGUUUUUCAUACUUGAGAGGCAAUGGGAGCAAAUGAUAUGUACGACCCGAGUUUGUCACUCUCACAUCACCGUAUUUCAUCCCCUUACAAAGUGGGCAUUCCCCCAAAGCAGAAAUUAUGGAAGGAAUUCUCUUCGACUCUCAAAGAAACAUUCUUUGCUGAUGACCCUUUACGCUCGUUCAAAGACCAGCCAAAGUCACGAAAGCUCGUUUUAGGAAUACGGGCUGUUUUCCCGAUUCUUGACUGGGCCAGAGGAUAUAGCUUGGCUAAACUUAAAGGCGAUAUAAUUGCUGGGCUCACCAUUGCUAGCCUCUGCAUUCCUCAGGUAUAUAAUAAUAAUAGUGAUCGAAAGUUCGAAAAAAAUAAAAAUAUGGNGAUCAGAUUCGAGCUUUGUGCCGCCUUUGAUUUAUGCAUUCAUGGGUAGCUCGAGAGAUAUUGCAAUCGGGCCCGUGGCAGUAGUUUCACUUCUUCUAGGGACUAUGUUGCAAAACGAGAUUGACCCGGUCAACAAUGCGCAUGAUUACCGUAGGUUGGCUUUCACGGCAACUCUCUUUGCCGGCAUAACACAAGCCACUCUCGGCAUUCUCCGAUUGGGCUUCUUAAUCGAUUUCUUAUCACAUGCCGCAAUAGUCGGGUUCAUGGGUGGGGCCGCCAUAACGAUUGCUCUCCAACAGCUCAAGGGCUUUUUAGGCAUAAAAAAAUUUACCAAGAACUCGGAUAUUGUUUCGGUUAUGCAGUCCGUUUUCCGCUCGGCCCAUCAUGGGGGGAAGAAAAACAAGAAACUCUUUUGGGUGUCUGCAAUCGCUCCACUAAUCUCUGUCGUGCUCUCGACUUUCUUCGUCUACAUUACCCGAGCAGACAAGAAAGGAGUGCAAAUCGUGAGGCAUAUCGAAAAAGGAAUUAAUAGCCCGUCACUAGAUCAAAUAUAUUUCAGUGGGGAAUAUUUGCUCAAAGGUGCGCGAAUCGGCAUUGUGGCUGGCAUGGUUGCGUUGACGGAAGCUGUUGCAAUCGGACGAACAUUUGCUGGCAUGAAAGAUUAUCAAAUAGAUGGAAAUAAAGAAAUGGUUGCUCUUGGGGUGAUGAACAUUACAGGCUCAAUGACAUCUUGCUAUGUGGCCACAGGUUCAUUCUCUCGAUCUGCGGUGAAUUUCAUGGCCGGUUGCCAAACUGCUGUCUCGAAUAUCGUGAUGUCUAUUGUCGUGCUUUUAACUUUAUUAUUCAUUACUCCGCUUUUCGAGUACACUCCAAAUGCAAUCCUCUCGUCUAUCAUAAUCUCCGCCGUGAUUGGUUUAAUCGAUUAUGAAGCUGCGAUUUUGAUUUGGAAGAUCGAUAAAUUCGAUUUUGUUGCGUGCAUGGGAGCUUUCUUUGGGGUCGUUUUUGUGUCCGUCGAGAUUGGCCUCUUGAUUGCGGUAUCGAUAUCUUUCGCCAAGUUGCUCUUACAAGUGACGAGACCAAGAACGGCUCUUCUAGGAAAGAUUCCUCGGACGAAUUAUCCGGAAGCUACUAAAGUCCCGGGUGUUGUAAUAGUAAGAGUUGAUUCGGCAAUUUACUUCUCAAACUCGAACUACAUAAAAGAGAGGUUAUUGAGAUGGCUGACUGAUGAGGAUGAGCAACUGAAAGCUGCUGGACUACCCGAAAUUCAAUAUCUGAUUGUAGAAAUGUCUCCUGUGACCGACAUUGACACGAGUGGUAUUCAUGCUCUGGAAGAACUUUACAAGAGCCUUCAGAAGAAAUCUGUUCAGCUUGUACUAGCGAACCCCGGGCCAGUGGUGAUCGACAAGCUUUACACAUCCGAGCUAACGAAUUUGAUAGGCGAAGAUAAAAUUUUUCUGACUGUGGCCGAUGCAAUUCAGAGCUGUUCGCCGAAAUUUGCAGAGGAUGUUUGAGAGAAAAUAUUGUUGAGUAAUACUACUAACUAUAUUGGAAGGGCCUUUUUGAAGGUGUGUUAAGUGCAUAAUUGGCAUGGAAAGGUCAUUUUUAAUGUUGUAAUGAUUCAAAAUUUAUAAUGUAGCACACAUUAGAAUGACCCUUUUUGAAUGAAAUAAAGCAAGCAAAGGGGUCCCUGAGGUACAGGUUUUCAAAUUUGCCAAAAGAGGAGUAUCUUAAUUAAAGACACUAUGCAAUUUUUUUUUUUCUUAAGAUUUAACUAUGAAUGUUAUGGUCUGAAUUUGUAUGUUGUGAUU